ACUAGGGAGGUCAUCUUAGAGUUUCGUCUUGUUUUGCCCUUCUUCGGUGGUAUAUCAUCUUUAGUAUUCUUUCUCAGCGAUAUUUAUUCAUCUUCAGCAAGAUUUUUCCAACCAUGCCUGUCAUGAGAGCAACUUCAUCUCACAUCGCUAACGGAAACCAAAAGCCUAGCCAAGAUGAUGGACAGGGAGUUCAGCAGCCAUGUCCACCACCACACAUUUUUUAUGAUAUUUUGCGAGGAGUCAUUGAUCUUAAUCUCGCAUCUCUAAUCCAAGUUAUUUGGGUCUUGCACGAGAAUCAACAAAGAACUACUCAACUUCUUGCCAACUUACAAGCUCAACAUGCUGUGCAAGAUUCAACGCAACCAGUCAACAUGGCUAGGACGUCCCAGCCACAAGAGGUCCAAACUAGGGCUACCGAUAGCAUUGGGGGCUUUGUUGCGCAGCCCAGUAACGCAGCAGCACCAACAGUCGUAACCGCCAACAUCGACAGAGCUUUACCUAAUGCAUUCAUCCAUGAUCCACCUUAUCCAAAGGAGAUUCUGUCCAGGCCUUACCCAAAGAACUAUGAAAGUCCUACAUUCCCACAAUAUGAUGGGAGAAAGGGCAGCGGUGUAAAGCAUGUCAACAAGUUCCUCGAUGUCCUAGGGGCUCACGUCGAUGAUAAAGACUUGUGCCUACGUGAGUUUUCUAAAUCUCUUUCUGAUAGAGCUUACACUUGUGAAGAGCGCAUCACCAUUCUUGAUCUUUAUCAUACUUGCCAAUGCGUCGAUGAAGAUUUAAUGGUUUAUGUAAAAAGAUUUAGAGAUUUGGCACUUGAUUGCUAUGGUAGCCAUGUUGAAUCUUUCUUGGUGGAGAUCUGCAUCAACAACAUGUUCCUAGAAUAUCAUGCUAUCCUUGAAAAUAUUGGGAUCAGUCAGUUUGCAAGGCUACUCAAUGUUGCCGGGAAAAUAGCCAUUUCUGUCAAAGCUAUCUUUGUUAGAAGUCUGUAGUGAAGUCGAUAGAAAAGAAGGCCACUGCUCACACCUCAAUUAUCCAUGCAAAGCAAAGCAGAAUGUCUAGCUUUUGAAGCCAAGAAUGAAAUAUCCUAUAAGCACUUUAUGUCUCAUGGAAAAGCUGAUUAUCUUACAUCGCUAGACAAGCUUGCUUAUCACUUUGCUUCAUUGACAUUAUAGUGUCAUGGCUUCAAACCAAUUGGCGGUGGCAUUUGAAUCUUUUAGAUUUGCUUAUACAUCAAAUGCAUUGCUAGCACUUGAGUCACAUUGUUGCCAACCUACCGGAAAUGUUACUUCUCUUACAUAGCCAAUAUUAGUGCCUUUGUGAGGUUUGCUGGUAGUGUUAUCUUUCAUGGCCAUUAUUGUUGCCUCUUCAAGGCCUGGUGACAAUACUUUCUUUUAUGGCCAAUAUUAGCGAUAUCAUCUUUCUUGACCAGUAUUGGUGCCUCUUCAAGGUAUGCUAGUGAUGCAUCUUCCAGGUCUACUAGCAGUGUUAUCUUUCUUGGCCAAUGUUGCUGCAUUAUUAAGGCUUGUUGGCGAUGUUACCUUUCAUGACCAGCAUUGGUGCCUCUUCAAGACAUGUUGGCGAUGCAUCUUCAAAGCCUACUAGUAUCAUUAUCUUUCUUGGCCAGUACGGCUGCACCUUCAAGGCCUAUUAGCAAUGUUAUCCUUCAUGGCUAAUAUUGGUGCCUCUCCAAGAUUCACUGGUAUUGUUAUUUUCAUGGCUAGUAUUUUAGCCAUCCUUGGUUUGUUGGCAGCAUUUUUUAUCUCUCAUGGCUAGUAUUUGUGUCACAUCAAGACCUGCUAGCGAUGCUGCUCGAUCAUCUCUUGGGUGGCAUUUGUGUCACAAUAAACUUAUUAUGUGAUG